AGGAGAUGAAGAACCAAAUUUGGGGGGGUGCAGGCUCGGAGCCCCUCAACGCCCUGAGGACUAUGGCGCCUGCCCAUGGGCUCGUUACGGAGCUACUUUCCCUUCCCCAUACUCCUCGAGUCUCAGUUUCCCUGCCUGUUCGUUAGGUUCGGGUCAGGGUUGCUAGUUCCCGCCCCCGCGGCGAGAUCUCGGGAGGCCGGGCUCUGGCAACUCCUUCAGGCUCCGCCUCCUCUUCUCUCCCCCUCCCCCUUCCGCUCCGCGGCCCGUUUAAGUCCCGCCCUCCCCCGGCCUCUGACCCAGCGGAAACCGGAAGCGGCGCGACGGGGCGGAGACGAACCGAACCGAUAAGCAGCAUGGAGAAGGCAGCUAGUUCGGGACUCAUCCGCUUCUGCCUCUGCCGCCGCCGCUGCCGCUGCUGUCGACCCUGAGCCUGCAGGGCCGCACGGGGCUGCGCUGGGCGGGCGCCCCCUGUCGGCCGUGCAAUGACUGGGGUCCCUGGGAGGCCCCAGUGAGGAGUCCGGCCCCGGCCACUCCGGGCAUGGACGAGUGGAAACCCGGGCCCUCGGGGAAGCCCUUCGGGGCCAGAAAGAAGCGGGGCUGGUACCUGGCCUGGAAGUACCGGCUGACGAACCAGCGCUUGGUGCGGCGCCUCUGCCAGACCGGAGCUGUGCUCUUUCUUCUCAUCACGGUCCUCGUGAACAUCAAGCUGAUCCUGGACACACGCAGAGCUGUCAGUGAGGAUGGCGAGGACUUGGAGUCAGAGCAGGACUAUGAAGAGACGCUGCAACACCAGGAUCCCCCAAGGCGAGGUGCCUCCGGCCCCCACAGGGUGCUGGACGUUGAGGUCUACUCAAGCAGGAGCAAAGUCUAUGUGGCUGUGGACGGCACCACGGUCCUGGAAGAUGAGGCUCGGGAGCAGGGAAGAGGCAUCCAUGUCAUUGUUCUCAACCAGGCCACGGGCCAUGUGAUGGCAAAAAGGGUGUUUGACACAUAUUCCCCCCAUGAAGAUGAGGCCAUGGUUCUCUUCCUCAACAUGGUGGCCCCUGGACGGGUGAUCAUCUGUACCGUCAAGGACGAGGGCUCAUUUCAUCUUAAAGAUACAGCAAAGGCCCUCCUUCGGAGCCUGGGCAGCCAAGCAGGCCCGAUGCUGGGCUGGCGGGAUACGUGGGCCUUUGUCAGCCGAAAGGGAGGUGCUGUCCUUGGUGAGAAACACUCUAAAUCGCCUACUCUGUCUUCAUGGGGGGAACCCAUCCUGCUGAAGACAGACAUCCCACUGAGUUCGGCUGAAGAGGCAGAAUGUCACUGGGCAGACACUGAGCUGAACCGACGUCGAAAACGCUUCUGCAGCAAAGUAGAGGGUUAUGGGAGUGUGUGCAGCUGUGGGGACCCUACCCCCAUUGAGUUCAACCCUGACCCGCUCCCCAACAAUAAGGUUGCCAAUGUGCCUGUGGCAGUCAUUGCAGGAAACCGGCCUAACUACCUGUACAGGAUGCUGCGUUCUCUCCUCUCUGCUCAGGGUGUGAACCCCCACAUGAUAACGGUCUUCAUCGAUGGCUACUAUGAGGAGCCCAUGGAUGUGGUGGCCCUGUUUGGUUUGAAGGGAAUCCAGCACACACCCAUCAGCAUCAAGAAUGCCCGAGUGUCCCAGCACUAUAAAGCCAGCCUCACCGCCACCUUCAACCUCUACCCUGAGGCAAAGUUUGCUGUGGUCCUGGAAGAAGACUUGGACAUUGCUGUUGAUUUCUUCAGUUUCCUCAGUCAAUCCAUCCACCUGCUAGAGGAAGACGAGUCGGUCUACUGUAUCUCUGCCUGGAAUGAUCAGGGCUAUGAGCACACAGCGGAAGACCCAGCCCUUCUCUACCGAGUGGAAACCAUGCCUGGUCUGGGCUGGGUGCUCAGGAAAUCCUUGUAUAAGGACGAACUAGAGCCACGUUGGCCCACACCGGAGAAGCUCUGGGAUUGGGACAUGUGGCUGCGGAUGCCAGAGCAGCGCCGAGGUCGCGAGUGCAUCAUUCCUGACGUUUCUCGUUCCUACCACUUUGGCAUCGUGGGCCUCAACAUGAAUGGUUACUUCCACGAGGCCUACUUCAAGAAGCACAAAUUCAAUACCGUCCCUGGCGUCCAGCUCCGGAAUGUGGACAGCCUGAAGAAGGAUGCUUAUGAGGCAGAAGUCCUUCGGCUGCUCAGUGAGGCCGAGGUCCUCGACCACAGCAAGGAUCCGUGCGAGGACUCUUUCGUGCCAGAUACGGAGGGCCGCACGUACGUGACCUUCAUCCGCAUGGAACAGGAUAAUGACUUCACCACGUGGACCCAGCUUGCCAAGUGCCUGCACAUCUGGGACCUGGAUGUCCGAGGCAACCACCGGGGCCUGUGGAGACUCUUCCGGAAGAAGAAUCAUUUCCUGGUGGUGGGCGUCCCAGCCUCCCCGUACUCGGUGAAGAAGCCACCAUCAGUGACCCCCAUCUUCUUGGAGCCACCAGCAAAGGAGGAAGGCGGGGGGCCCGGAGGAGCCAUGGAGCAGACAUGAGGGAGCCGCCUGCCAGGCUGGGCCCGGGGAUGCCCCCCGAAGCCCACACUCCCAUCAGCCUCUCCAGAGGCCUGGAACCCCAUCCGCUUUUAACCCAAGACUGUCUACUAACUCCUCAGGGAGGGGGAAAGGGAGGAGAUGCCCCUCCAAUUCUGGCCCGAGCCCACCCCUAGCUGGGGGGUUAUUUAUUUUCUUCCUGGGGUUCUCCAAGGAGCCUCUGGGGGGCCCGAAACAACACAGCUGGGGCCGCAAGCUUCACCCUCCACCAGACCGAGACAGGAGCCAAGGCUGGGCCUCAUGGGAGGCGUGCGGGGUGCAGAGUCUAACUUAUUUAUUGAAUGUCCCAGAUUCUCCCCUCCUUUCCUCCUCCCGCCCCCACAGGAGACUGUUGGGGUGACUGAGGCAGCGGGGGGAGGGGAACGCUCAGCUCCUCCCUGUGCGGAGUGUCCAGGGAGGUGGCUGCCCCCUCUCGAGGGCGCAGAGGUCCUCAGCUCUUGGCUCUUACUCAGGAACUGACCUCCCCACAGGCCCAGAUCGCCCGGGGCAGGGCUGCCUCUGCUCUGAGGCCGCAAGCCUGCUGUCCAGUUGGAUAAACUGACGAUUGAUUGAUUAAAAAAGGAGAAAACGCU